CACACUUGCUACAUCGAAGAGAGAAAGAAAGAAGCACAACUCUCUCUUAGAAAGAUACCUCAAUCUUCUCAAAAACUUAUCAUUAUUGUUACUUCCUUUUCUGCUCCGGCUGCCAUGGAAGACAAUUACUUCUACAAGAGGACGCAUGUUCCUGCAUUUGGAAGCUGGGAUUGGGAUGAGAGCCUUCAAUUCACACAGUGCUUUGAGUCUGCGAGACAAGCUGGGUUGACGCGAAACAGUUACUCUGAUGACUCUGAGGAGCGUGACUUGUACGUUGCUGGAGAUCUGUAUGAGAAUGACGUUGUUAUCCCCGCCAUGAUCGUCGUUCCUCGCAGAAGGACGAAGGCGCGUAAACAGAAUGAAAAGGAAGGGAAAAAGCAGAAUUGGGUUAGUGAAGUGAAGGAGCCAUCAUCAAGAAGCCCUAGUGCUGCAGAACCAACUAUGAAAAAGGCAACCCCAAAACCUGUGGACGAAGACCUCUAUAAGAUAUCACCAGAGCUACUUUAUGCAAAAACCAGAAAGAAGAGAGGGUUGGGCUUCUUUUCCAGCUGCUUGAUGCCGACUUGCUCCGUCUGAACCAUUAGAUUAUUAUUAAAGUAACUGUGAACUCCGAGAGAAAGAGAGAGACUAUGAGGAUGAAGAUUUUUUUGUCUGGUUUAUGAGCUUUUAAAGUUUAAACCCUAAUAUGCCUAUGUACAGAGAGAGAGAGAAGCAGAUGAUUAGGGAAGCGUCUUCUUGGGCUUUUGAGUUUGAUGUUACUAUGAAGGGUUUGGCUUCAGGUUAACAUUAUUAUAUUAUCGUAGUGUAUUUUGUUUGGGUUUUAUCAGAAGGUUGAAUCAUUUUGGGUUUAGUAGUACUGAACUUUUUUAUGUGAAUGUGAAAAGGCUGUGUAAAGUGAAAGCAAAGGGACAAAUGUUCAACUUACAUGAGUAUAUUCCUUCCUCAAACUGCUUUA